UCGCUACUACCAAACACGUGCAAGAUUGACAUUUAAUUGGUGUUGUGCAACGACGAUUUGUGUUUUCCAUGCCUGUGCAAUCACAGAACAAGUUGAACUUAAGUGAACAAUAUUUUCAUUGUUGUCAUUAGUUGACUAUACGUACGACCUCUUCAAGAUCUCAAAGUGUGAGUACACAGUGACGAUAUCUGAGCACCACACUUGUCGGCCAUGGACUCGUCACAAAGUGGCAUCCCUCAGGUGGCUGCUGCAGCAGUCUUGGUAGAGAGCCAGCAGAUGGCAGAAGAUGCAAUCAAAGUCCAGGGGUACGAUUUCAACAAAGGGCUGGAUUUCCACGAGUUGCUCAAGUCAUACACUACUACGGGAUUCCAGGCGACAAAUUUUGGUCGGGCGGUGGAGGAAAUCAACAAAAUGAUUUAUACCAAAUUCCAACCAGUCCCUGAAGAUAAGCGACCAGAAAUCAACAUGAAUCCGUGCAAAAGAGAACUGACGAAUUGCACAAUUUUUUUGGCGUACACAUCUAACUUGAUAUCGUCUGGAGUUAGGGAGACAAUACGAUACCUUGUGCAACAUAACAUGGUUGACUGCAUAACAACAACAGCAGGUGGAAUUGAAGAAGAUCUUAUCAAAUGCCUGGGAUCCACCUACCUGGGCGAUUUCCGCCUUAAAGGGAAGGAACUCCGAGCUAAGGGCAUCAACAGGAUUGGCAACCUUUUGGUCCCGAAUGAAAACUACUGUAAAUUUGAGGACUGGUUGAUGCCGAUAUUGGAUGACAUGUUAAGGGAGCAAAAAGAGGAGGGAAUGUCAUGGACGCCAUCCAAAAUCAUCCACAGAUUGGGAAAGGAAAUUGACAACCCAGAGUCUGUAUGCUACUGGGCUUACAAGAACAAUAUUCCAAUGUUUUCUCCUGCCCUGACGGACGGUUCCCUUGGCGACAUGUUAUACUUCCAUUCGUACAAGAACCCAGGUCUAGUCGUGGAUAUUGUGGAGGAUAUUCGUCGAAUAAACAGUCAGGCAGUGUAUGCGAUCAACACAGGAAUGAUCAUCAUUGGAGGAGGAGUGAUCAAACACCACACCUGUAAUGCUAACCUAAUGCGAAACGGAGCGAAUUUCUCGGUGUAUUUGAACACUGCCUCUGAAUUUGACGGGAGUGAUUCUGGAGCCAGUCCUGAUGAGGCCGUGUCUUGGGGGAAAAUUAGGACAGAUGCCACACCUGUCAAGGUGUUUGGUGAAGCCACAUUACUGUUUCCACUCUUGGUUGCUGAAACGUUUGUGAAAAAUUUCAAGAAAUACAGCGAAGAAUGCAAAAAUAAUGAUUGCCCAGACUUGUGAAGAUUUUGUUGACAAGGUUGUACAGCAAAGCUGAGAGACAUUGUUGUGAGAUAUAUUCCAAAUUUUUUAAAAAUUUGGACUGGUUGGAAGGGUUAUUGGGAUGCGUGGGUGUUUGUGAUAAGUAUAUCCACUGUGAUUGGAAAUGUUCAAGUUUCAAUCAAACAGGUUGUAAAUAUUUAUCAAAUGACCAAGACUACCCAAACAGUUGUGUAUUUGAAAUUUUCACUUAGGUUUAUUGAAACUCCCAUUACAACUUUUACGCAAGAGCUGUCCUGUCUGUGUUGGCAGUCUGCCAAUUUCUCCACCACCCCCCCACCCAAUGGUUGCUUCCAAAUUUCAAAACUUAACAUUGUCCCGAUAGACAAAACCUUUCAAGAUAAUUCCAUGAGGAAUCAACGACAGAGUAAAGUUUACCACCAAUGCUUCCUAGAUAUUGUAGAUAUUUUGUUCAAUUUUUGGCAAGGUGUAGUAGGGAGCGGGUUGGGUGAGUGAAAAUGUUCAGAACUGGGUUGCAGCUUUGUUUGGUC